AUGCUGGCGUCGGUCCGCUCCGCACUCGCCUCUCACCCUCGCGCCGCCGCCGCGCUCGCCGCCCUCUGCGGUUCCAUUUCUGGCCUUUGGUUCGGCGUUUGGGUCGGCGUCGCCGCCGGGCUGCGCCUACGGCUCUCGCCGCCAGCGCACGAGAUCGAGACUCACAUCCGCGAGACGCAGCCGCCGGCAAACCUCCUCGGCAUCGGCGUCGCCGAGGUCGACGAGGGCUCGCUCGCGCUGCACGCGCCGCUCGAGCUCAACCACAACGUGCAUGGCACCGCGUUCGCCGGCAGCCUCUACUCGCUGGAGCUCGUUGCAAAGGCGGGCAGCAUCAGCUAUCGCAGGCCGCUCAAGGGGGAGAGAAUCAUCGCGCGCUCGCAGCUGCCAGCAGAGGCGGCGCUGCGAGACUGCCAGAUUGGCGGAAUGGUGCUCGGCGACGCGGACGGGAAGCCGGCGUGCGAGUAUAGCAUCGAGGCGGCGGUGGCCUCCAAGGUGGUUGCGGACCGGGCGGCGGCGGGGGCACACGGGCCGGAGGGGCGGGAGGGGGUCGAGGAUCUCGCGGAGCCCGCACAGGCGCUCUGGACCCAUUUCCGGCAUUUGUUGUGA